UGCGAAAUAUAUACGUAAUUUAUAAAGGACGAGUGACGCCCGGAAGUGAAAAUGUGUUUCGGCUGCAUUAUCGAUAUCGCAGAGAUUAGAAGAUUUUGUGAUAAAUACAUGCACAGACUCCAUAAAAGCGAUUCGAUAUGAAUUUAUCACGGAGAUCAAAGCCAUCGCGAGCCGCACGGCUCACCGUGUUAAUAUCGUUGAUUAUUGUCAACGCACGAUCGUGCGGCGCCGAGUCGAGCGGCGAGUAUCUCCAGAAGGCGAUGAUCGAGCUCCAGGAAUUAAAUUUGCCGUCUAACAGCCUGACGAUGUACGACCGAUUGUCAUCAAUGAACCUAGGCUAUCGGCAGGGGGGCUAUCAUGAUCACAAUAGGUAUCGCAAGGUCAGCACCAACAAUGUCCAUCAAGACAUCCUGCAAAAACAGAUUGCGGGUGUGCCUGUCGAGCACGUGGACAUGGCUCACUCCGCCGCGAAUAGUAUAGCGCAAUAUUACGCGAUACGCGACUCCACCGCCGCGGCCAGUUACCCGAAGGUGAAGCAGCCGGAGCCGCUGGCGUUCACGCGAGCGGAGCUGGCCGCGUUAUACAAAAAGGCCUUGGAAAAAGGGUCAGCGAUCAGCAUGACGACGUUGACGCAAGCUCUCAAUGCCGCGGGCGGCAACGGCAAUGGCAAUGGCAACGCAUCGCCCCAGGUCGAUCAUCCGCAGCUACCGGUUAAACCGAUGUACAACUACUACUUCUUCCCGCUGAAAAGUUUCGCGUCCGAGCUGCAGAGGGAUCAUCAGCAGGCCGCGCUCGUUCCAAUGUACGCGGCUACCGAAACCGCAGAGACCACUCAGAAGCAGCUUAUGAAUCCACUCUUCGUGGCGAUCGGCACAUUCAUUAGCAUGGCGCUUUUGUUUAUGAUGGGCGUGCUGUUUCUACCGAAGUUGCCACACUUGGAACUUUUCAACGCGCGAGUAGCCGACAACGAUGACUUUCUGCGGCUGACGACUUUUGUGAUGAAUGCCAUAGACGGACGCAAUCGCUGGCAGAAUGUCAGCGCCACUAGCUGAGAAUAUAUAAUGUAAAGACAUAAGUAUUCUUAAAUUAGAGAUUGAAAAUAUCUGUUGAAUGUAUACCGUAUUUUGCGUAAAAAAUGUUUGGACCGCGAUAGAAGAAAAAAAUUAUUGAUUGACAACUGUUGAUUGCAAAAAAGAUAUUUAGUGUAUAUACUAAUAUGAAACAAGUGUAUUAUAAAUAUCAUUGUAGAGGAACUCUUAUACUAUUUUAAGUAUCACUUAA